CUAUUGGCCAAUCAGCGGUAGUCUUGACACGCCCCUUGAAUAUUCGUUUUCGGUGACUGAAUGCAGGUCAGAGGGUAAACAAUUUCAAUAAAUUUUUCAUUGAUUUUGUAGUUUUUAUUGAUUGAUGGUCUGAGUGACUUUCGCCAAAUUCUUCAAUCAUUUAAAAUGACGGAACAGCAAAUGGAUUGUGCUUUGGAUUUGAUGAGAAGACUGCCACCUCAGCAAAUUGAAAAGAAUUUGAGUGAUUUAAUAGAUCUAGUGCCAUCUCUUUGUGAAGAUCUCUUAUCCUCUGUUGAUCAGCCCUUAAAAAUUGCAAAAGAUAAAGAAUCUGGAAAAGAUUAUUUACUUUGUGACUAUAAUAGAGAUGGAGAUUCCUAUAGGUCCCCUUGGAGUAAUACGUAUGAUCCUCCACUAGAAGAUGGUUCAAUGCCAUCUGAAAGGCUUAGAAAAUUAGAGAUAGAUGCAAAUCAUGCAUUUGAUCAAUACAGAGAACUUUACUUUGAAGGUGGAGUUUCUUCUGUCUAUCUGUGGGACUUGGAUCAUGGUUUUGCAGCAGUAAUAUUGAUUAAAAAAGCAGGUGAUGGUUCAAAGAAAAUUAAAGGUUGUUGGGAUUCAAUUCAUGUAGUGGAAGUUCAAGAAAAAUCCAGUGGAAGGAUUGCACAUUAUAAAUUAACUUCCACUGCAAUGCUUUGGUUACAAACUAAUAAACAUGGCUCUGGAACAAUGAAUCUUGGUGGAAGUCUUACAAGACAGGUUGAACAAGAUGCCCAAAUAAGUGAGAGUUCUCCACAUAUUGCUAAUAUUGGUCGCAUGGUUGAAGAUAUGGAAAAUAAAAUUCGAAAUACCUUAAAUGAAAUUUAUUUUGGAAAAACGAAAGAUAUUGUAAAUGGUUUAAGGUCUGUUCAAUCUUUAGCUGAUCAACGACAACAAGCUGCCCUCCGACAGGAUCUCGCGGCCGCGUUGCAAAGGAGAAAUGCCAAUAAUUGAUCUUCCGAGGAAGAUCAACUUUCCAUCGAUUUUGAGGAGUGUCAAUAAAAAAGGAAGAAAUAAAAGAGAAAUCGUAAAUGAUGAAAUUAAGAUUCGAAUUGUUACAGUUACUGUAACGUGAAUUUUGGACAGUUUCCUGUGAUAUGCAGGGUGCAACGGUAAAGAUGAAUUUUUCCUGAAGUAUUAAAGAAUAAAUAAUUGAAUAUCAAUUAUUGAUUAUGUCGAGAUUCUGAAUAAAAUAUUAAGAGACAUUACGAGAGUGUCUGGGUUUACAUAUAUAUAUAUAUAUAUAUAUAGAGAGAGAGAGAGAGAGAGAGAGAGAGAAUAUGUUUAAAGGUAUGUAACACCCUAAGUUAAUAAUAAAUGUUUAAGCCUCGAAGUAAUUGAUUUACGAUAAUUCUCAUAGAGUACAUAUUUAUGUUUAAAGCUUUUCGUUUUUAAAUACAACAAAUUUAUAUACUUAGAUUUUACCACUUUGUGCAAUCUUUCUUGUAUUGUUUACUACUCAUUGAGAUAUAUAUGUAUUAAGCAUUAAUUUAUAAAGCAUUGUUAUGAUGUUCCUCUACAUUUUCAUAGUGUUAUGUAUUGUUUAUUAAUUUUAUAAAUUGCUAUAUUUCUCGUUAAGUCCACCAGAAUUUGAUCUAUGCAAACGUACGGAACUUUCAUAAUAAUGUCAUUUUACAUAUUUUUUAAAUAAAAUUAUUCACCGUCUGGUUAGCGAACGAUGUCUAAUGUAUGUAGGCAUAAGUUAUAAAACAUCUUUUACACUUGUACAGACGUAUCUCAUUUUUACAAUGAAUAAAUUAAAAAAAAAAAAAAAAUGCAGUCAUAGUACAUACAAGAUACAUUUUCGUUACUGUGUUACAUAUCUUUGACAUGUUUUCAUGUUUAUGCGUGUAUGUUGUGUGUAUGCUGUACUCGUGUAAAUCCGAGUCAAAUAUACAUUUAUACGUAUAUAUAUAUAUAUAUAUAUAUAUAUAUAUAUAUAUAUAUAUAUAUAUAUAUAUAUAUAUAUAUAUAUACAUAUAUAUAUAUAUAUAUAUAUAUAUAUAUGUAUUUUGUAUGUAUACGUAUAUAUACAUAUAUAAUGGCACUCGUAAUGUUUUCUUAAUCAUUAAUAAUUAUUAAUAAUACGAGAUAUAAGAGUAUUAAUGUUUGAAAAUGUAGGAAUAUUAAAGAGAAUAUUUGCGAAUAAACUUCUAACAAGUCGUUCACUAAUUUCCUGCCUAAGUACUCAAUAUUAGUAAAUAAGUUUCAAAUUGCAUUAAAUUUAAAUUUGAAAAAAAUAUUUUCAAGUUGAUUCAUGGUUUCUAAUAGCAUAAUUAAGUCUUUAAUCGAUUUUAACAGAUUUUAAUUAAACUUGACUAAAAAUAUUAUGCAAAUUUUAUGGAAUACUUUUUGUAAUUAAAAGAAACUGUUUAUUUAAUAUAAUUGAGUUUAAUUUUUUAUAAUCGCUAAUAUUGUUAGUUCCUGCAUUGAUAUUUUGAAUACGAUAUCAGUAGACUUAUGAUAAGUAAAAAAUUUUAGAUAAUAUGAAUGAAAUUGAAAAGGACAAAAUGACAAGAAUUUCAAUUUAGUUGUUUUCGAUAGUUUUAAUUAACUUAAAUGAAUGUAAUAUCAUGUCAGUUAAUAAAAAAUAAAAAAAUAGCAAAAUCAUUAAGACUCGAAGUUUCAGUAACGUGCUAUUAUAAGAACAACAAAAUAUCAUCGAAGGUUGACACAAUAGCACCGACGGCUUUUUUAUCAUUUAUUUAUCCAUUUAUCUUCCAUUGAUUUCCGCCGUAUAAACAAAUGCUCGUUGGUAUCCAUUUACUUAUAUACUUUACGUCUGUGUUUUUUGUUUUGAAUUUCGUAAUAGUGUACUUUCGUAUAUACUUGUAUAUUUUCAUAUACUUCACCACUGUGUGUACUUGUAUAUGUGUAUUCGUGUGUAUACGUUGUUUGCCUAUAUACGCCAAUGCUGGUUAUAUUAUUUUUUGAAAAUAUCUAUAUAGCGUCUGUGUGUGUUAAGGUUUUACUGUAUUAUGAUUUAAUACUUUGCACAUUAAUUUAAUGCGUGUGCAAUAGAAUUAAAGAAUAAUAUUUCAAGAAUAUAUUUUAUAACUGAAGUAAUUACAUUUGAUAUAUCAAUAAUUAUACCACUUGAAAUGAGUUUCAUUAAUUGUUUAGAUCCUAUUUAUUGCUACAUAAAUACUAGUAACUAUUGACAAACUAUAUAAUUGGUAAUUUUAAUUAAGUAUAAUUGAGAUUUCUUUAUACUAAAAAUAUUUUCAAAAACAAUAUUCUCGAAAUAUCAUUUCACAUCCGUGCUUAUAGAGUAAAUGAUUGAUUUUAAUUUGUUUGGUGCCUGAAAAUUAUUUUUAGUACAAAUUGUUAAAAUUUAACGGAACGACCAGCAGUGGUGUAUUAUUAAUUAAACCGAAUAUCGAGAAGCAGAAAAAAACGAUUUCCGUCUCUCGUGGUUGAAAUACGACCGUGAGGCCGAUUGAUUCGUUUUUUCUUCCUUUUCUUCAGUUUCUUUUUAUCGAUUAAAUUCAUUUAUCUAGGUAGUCUUAAUCUUAAAUUAGUCUGCUUAGAUUACAGUAGCUUAGUUGUUUCUUAUCAUUCAUCUUUUGUAUUUUUUUUAUAGUUUUUUAUGUUUUCAUAGAUGGUACGGUCUGAUUUGAAAUUGAGCUUCUGAUGUAACUUAGGCAGUUACAUUUUAACUCAAACUUCAAGUCAGAAAUCAAAAUUGAGUGAUAAACUUAAAAUUUCAGAAUUCAAGUUUGAAGUUAUCUUUGAAAUUACAUGUACGGAGUCUGAAGUUCAAAUUGAAUUCCAAAAUUUCGUGUUCGAGUUUAAGAGUUCAAUAUUCACCGAGUUUGAAGUUUCGAUUCUAAUCUCAGAAUAUCAAAGUUCUGAAAAUUGUUAAAUAUAAAAACGGUCCUCCUACAAUACGAGUUCUAAAUAAAAACUACAACUUUUACAGGAAAUUAAUAAAGAUCCAUCAGAUCUAUGCAGAAAAUUAAGUUUUACUAUUUUGAAUAUGUUCCUGUAAUUAAAAAUGCAAAGUUAUGGUUUAAAUUUCAAGCAAGAAAUAUAAGUUUCAGCCCUUUGUACGAGUUUGAAAAAUACAUUGUAGUGAUUUUUAUAAAUUCGAAACUAGGAAUAUAUUUUUUUAAAAUCUAAAGAAAUUUGGAAUACAAAUUUUAAUCCAACAAGAAGUAUAAAAUUAAAAACCUUCAAGAAUAAGUUACUGUCAGGUAAGGUUCUUAGACAAACAACAGAUAUUAAGCAUUUCUAGUAAGACAUCAAUUUUUGUUAACAAUGCUUUAGUAGCAUAGAAUACUAAUAAAAAUUAGACAGGAUCAUAUUUAUAUAAAAAAAAAAGUUCGAAACUAAAACAAGAUAUUAAUUUUAAAUUAAGCUGGAUGCUAUAAAACAUAUAAUUUUAAUAAAAAAAGAUGUAAUGAACUUGAAUGAAGGAGAGAGAAAAAGACAAUUCCAAGCAAAUAUAGGAUGUAUUAUAGAGGAAUUAAAAUUCUAAUGUAAUUGGAAUUCUAUAUAUUCCUAUAGAAUUGCAGUUUGAGUAUAACAGAAAAUUUUUAAAAUCGAACUUGUAAAGGAAUUGAAACUUCAAUUAAAGUAUACAGAGAAAAGGGGUUAGUGUAAGGAAACAAGAUUUUUAGAUGAUUAGAACUUUAGAAAUAUUGGGCUUUCAAUAAAAUCAUAAGUUCGGAUAAAAUUAUAUGUUACCGCUGAGAGAUGUAAUUGAAAUUCCAAUAGAGAUAAAAUUCUAAUCAUGUUCAAAUUUUAGAAAUCACAAAUCAAGGCAAAAUAGUCCUCUUUCAAAAUUUCCCAAUGUUAAAACUGCCUUUUAAUCUCAACAGUUUAAGCCACCAAAACAUUCAUUUUUCCCAAGGUCUAAGCUGAUACUGUUUCUUGGUUUAUUCUCUUUUUAUUUGUUUUUUUUAUUUUUUUUUUUUUUGUUUUUGCAAUUAUUUCAUUAUUUGUAAUCCUCUCCUCCCUCACACUUACACGCUCACGCACAUUGUUUUUCUCUUCCUUUCAGUUUUUAAAUUACAUGUUUGCUUCUUUCCUUUCCCACGUUAUUUCUUUCCCCUUCGUUUUAUUCUUUUCCCAAGUGCCCCCACUCUCUUUUCCUCCCUAUUUGUUGUUGGUAGUAGUUCUUAUGUUAACCAUUGAUCAUCUUGUAUUGUAUCUUAGGUUUCUCUUAAUAAUAUAUUAACUGUGUGUGUUUUGUUUAUUUCUUUAAUGUGAUGGUGGAGUCUGGACUGAACACAAUUAUUUAUCGAUGGCAGUGUUAGUUUUAAUGGCAAUCACAACUUCUUCACCACAUGCCUUCAGUACAGUGCA